AAUAACAGUGUUAAAUGGCACAGAGGAGUGUGUUGCCGUGUACAGCUGUGUGUCGUCAGCAGGGGAGAGGGAGUGAGGGAGUGAAGGAGCUGAGCUAGUCAGUCACUCACCACUCGGCAGGUUCUGGGCUGUGCAGUCUUGCGAGCUUCUUGUUGCUGCAGUCGUAGUGCAGUUUUCAACACACUCUGCAGUUGAAUAAACUGUGCACUAAACGCACGUAAAGAGGAUACGCUGAAUGCGUGUAAAUUGAAAGUAUUCGCCAAGAACAAGCCCAGCCUAAACUGCUACGGUCAGCAAAAUCUACCGUCCCCCCUUUUGAAACGGAUUGGAGUAAACUGAAAUUGAGAACUGUGUGCUGCAGCAGGAACCACAUACACACAUCGGCGGGAAUGGCUUUAUCUCCGUGCGGCAGCAAUAGCUUUGAUUCCGGGCUAGAGAUCAAAACUCGCUCGGUGGAACAGACCCUCAUCCCGCUGGUUUCCCAGAUCACGACCCUGAUCAACCACAAAGACAAGCCAAGGAAGUCAGAGAAGACCCUGCGAGCCAUCCAGAGGGUGGGCCAGGCUGUGAACAUGGCUGUCGGGAGGUUUGUCACCGUCGGGGAGGCCAUUGCAAUCGAGAACCAAGAACUGAAGGAGGAAAUGAGCUUCGCCUGCUACGAGGCCAGACGAGCAGGAGACACCAUUGCACACCUCACAGACGUGGUCAGCUUAGAGCAGCCUGAAUCUGACGGCCGGGCGACAAUCUUCAGUGACAAAGCUGGCAUGGUGAAGGCUGCCAGGAUGCUCCUGUCCUCUGUUACGAAAGUUCUGGUGCUGGCUGACAGAAUAGUUAUUAAGCAGAUCAUCGCUUCCAGAAAUAAGGUUUUGACAACCUUGGAGCAGCUGGAGAAGGUGAGCAGCUUUCAGGAGUUUGUGCAGAUCUUCAGUCAGUUUGGGAACGAGAUGGUGGAGUUCGCUCAUCUGACGGGAGACCGACAGAAUGAUCUCAAGGAUGAAAAGAAGAAAGCUCGUAUGGCAGCAGCCAGGGCAGUCCUUGAGAAAUGCACCAUGAUGCUUCUCACAGCUUCCAAGACGUGCCUGAGACACCCGGACUGUGACUCGGCGAGGAUCAAUAAGGACGGAGUGUUCCAGCGAAUGAGGCUGGCCCUGGAGCAGGUGAUCGAGAUAGUGACUGAAGCCAGGCCCAGUGGAGAAGGGGACAUCCUGCCGGUCAGCAUCUACAUGGGAAUCCGAGAGUAUAAGAACCAGCUGGAAGGCCUGCGAGAGGGCCUUUGCCUGCUGUCCAAGGAAAGCCUGACAGCCCUGUUGGAGGUGAUCCUGGAGCACACAGAGGACUUCACAGACUCGGCCUACACCAGCCACGAGCACAGAGAGCGCAUCCUGGGACUGUCCCGGCAAGCCCGGCUGGAGCUCGAGCAGCUCAUCGCUGUCUGGAUGCAAGCCCAAAAUCCAAAAGCCGCAGAAGCAACUGAAGAAAUGGAGCUGGCCAUUCUUAAAACAUGUCAGUGUAUGAAUGAACUAAAGAAAGAGCUCCACAAUGCAGCAGCAGAGCUGACUGCAGACCUGUUGAAAUACCAUGCAGACCACAUUGUGCUGAAAGCCCUGAAGGUGUCUGGUGGGGAGGGCAGCCUAGAGGCACUGGCUAAGUACACCUGCGAGCUCUCUGAGCAGAAGGAGCAGCUUGUUGAGACCUGCCGACUGCUACGACACAUUUCAGGAACCGAGCCCCUGGAGAUAACCUGCAUCCAUGCAGAAGACACCUUUCAAGUGAUUGGACCACAGAUCAUUUCUGCUGCACAGACACUGGCCCUGCACCCUUCAAGCAAAAUCGCGAAAGAGAACCUGGAUGUUUUUUGUGAAGCUUGGGAGUCGCAGCUGAACGACAUGUCCAUUCUGCUGAGGGAAAUCAUUGAUUUGUUUGAAGGCCGACGAGGAGAGAAGAGAACCUACCUUUCAUUGCCUAGACCAGGGAAGCUCUCAGCUAAUCUGAAGACAAUAAAACCAGUCAAACUUGACUCAGAGGAGCAGACAGCUAUAGCUAAAGUGGGUCUGGAGUUACGGCUGCUGACGUCCGACCUGGACUCUGAGAGUGAGAAGUGGGAGGACCAGGAGCAUGAGAUUGCCCGGCAGGGGCAGGGCAUGUCCAGCAUGGCAUACUCCAUGUACCUAUUCACCAGAGGGGAGGGCCUCCUGAAGACAACCCAGGAUUUGUUUCACCAAGCAGAGGUGUUUGCCGAAGAGGGCUUCAAAUUAUUUUCUUCACUCCAGGCUUUCUCAGCUCAGCUGGGAGAUGAUGAGAAAGCCAUCUUUACAGCAGAGACAGAGAAGCUGGAAGCCUUGUGUCAGCAACUGCAGAUAACAGCUAGAAUGCCUGUGCAAGGCAAAAAUUCGACUUUCCUCAAGGUGGAUUCAUCUAUUCAGAAUACCAAAAGUAUCUUGACAGUAGUUGUCUAUAUUCUUCCUCUUUGCAAUAAACUAAUCAAAAAGUACAAGUGUGAGCAGAGCAGCUUGGGAUCCCCCCAGAGCUGGAGAGAGACUCCACUCCAGACCCCGGUUCAUGAAGACGGUCUCAGUGGAAAGAAUGGCAAUGGCUUUGGAGUGAAAUCUCUGGAGCACCACAUGGCAAACCUCACCUUCCUGGAGAGCAAGUAGCAGCACACCUGCAUAGGACAGAAGGACCCUCCUUUCUGUUGUGACGUGUACUGGAAUCCUUAACAAGAGCAUCCCUGACACCACCCCAGUCACAUGGAUAAACAGAUCACCUUGAACUGGCAGUGCUAUCCUUUUAAUCAGUAUUGCUGUGUGUUAUCUCUAAUGGGUCAGCGGUUCCCAAACUUCAUGCUUUUUUGGUUCAAUUACUUAGUAUCUCAUAUAGUUACACAUACCUUAUACUACUUGUACAAAAUAGUGUUUAAAAUUAUUAAUUUUUAAAGAGUAUUUGCAAAGCGCAGUGCAACUAAUUGUUGUUAGUAACUGACUAUAAUGGGUAUUUGGUUGGGGAGAAGGGGCUUUAAAAGGAUUAAGUAAGGCUAAUAGCAACAUAUAUUGCCCCAUAUUUUGUUAUAAACGAUUACCUUUGCUACUGUAAAUUGCUGGAAGUUGGUAAUACAGGCCCAUAGACCUCUGUGCAGAAUAACAAGCCAUUUACAUUUCUGAUAAUAUAACUUAUUUGCAGCUUGCUUUAACUUGUAUUACUGUGUACUGUUAGCUGCUUUUGUUUGUUUGUUUAACAAAACAUAUAGCGUAUUCACUGAGCUGGCUGAUUUACAAAAUUGUUAAUUCACUUUAGAUUCUAAAUUCAGUGGCAUCUAAUUUUAUAGAGACAGUACAAUAAAGAGCCAGGCGACGCCCCCACUGAAGGUCUUUGUUUGGGAACUGCUGUAAAACAUUGUAUGGUACUUGAAGUAAUCACAUUGAAACCAGUGGAGUUUAAAUGAUGUUUUGAUACAAUCUACAAACUGCUAUUUUGCGCUUAAAUGUUUAAUCUGACAAAUACCUGGGUGAAAGUCUUAACAAAACUACAGAUCCAAAGAAGCUGCUAUAGACUGGCUGUAUAAGCACAGAAACUGGAGAUGUCAGACAUAUUGUAUGUAGUGAACCACUGCUGUUUUAAGAAAGAAGAAAAAGACAAUUCUCUCUGUAAUCUAAAACAUAUAUGAGCACUGAACUAUUAAUCCUUUUAUUGUUGAAUAACUUGUAUACAAAAAUCAAAAACACACCUUUAAGACUUUCUUAUGUAGGUCUGACCCUGUAUUGUGAAGUACUGUAUAUAGAAGAGAGAUUAAAUGCUAUUCUGAUUUUAUUCUUGGAACUAGGUCAAGCAACUAUUUUCUAAUUAAAAUAAACCCCUACAUCUCACCACCUAAGGAAAAUUAUAUUGUCAACUUUUAAUACCAUAGGGUUGUUUGCAACCUUGUGAUGACAUCUAUAAAUACUGUGUAUUUCUGUUGUGCUGAGAAUUUCAAAAUGAUAAAUAACAGAGGAACGUCACAUAUCCGACCAUCACAUAACCGCCCUGAUCAAUUAACCGCCUCGCUAAAUAAAUAAAUAUUAAAAGUAGGCUACUUGAAUUAAGCAAAGCGAGCUUCAUAAACACAAUGCUUACCGGCCGUUUGUUUAAAAUAGCCGAAGCAGUAUUCAAACCGAGCUGCUUAUCAGCUGUUGGCAAUAUCAAGAGUGCAAAGUACCGUGAUAGAUGUUAAGAAAGCAGAACCAGGGAGGCAGGGACUUCUAGAGUUAAUAAAGAAGACAUUAGGUGCAGGUUAAUGUACAUUUACUGUUUUUUUUUUUUUUUUUUUUUUUUUUAAAGCUUUUCAUGGAGAUGGCUUACAGCAAACCACCUAGCAACACUGUAUUUGUAGCCUAAUUAAUCUCGUUUACGCUUGCUUACUUUUAAAGAAAAAAUGUCCCCAUGUUUAAAGCAGUUUGCAUGUUUUUGUUCACUAACCUAUUAAUGGAUGCGUAAAUGCUUCUAUAGAUGUUCGCAAAACUGACUUUUUCACAUAUCCGCCUAUACCCCAGUCCACAGGGGGUCGGAUAUGCGACGUUGUACUGUAUAAGCCCUGAAAAUGACAGCCAAAUAAUGAGAGGGUUAAUGAUCUCCUACCCAAGCCAAAGGAGCUUUAGCUUACUGAUCAUGAAAACAUCACUGGGGCUGCUGAUUUGGUACUAUGUGACUGGGUAGAAUAUGAAAAGCAUGGAUAAACUACUGAACGCGAUGGUAGCGUAGAGGACUUAUAUUUAUUUUUCCUGUAAAGACAGAUUUUUUUUUUUUACAUUUCUCUAACAAUUAACCUGUAAAAUUAUAUUUUUCAAAUAAAACUCUUAAUUCAUUAAUCCUCAAA